AUGAUCGCCCUGCAUCCGCCCAGCAUGACCACCUCUCUGGCCAUAUUACCCCCCCAGGCCGCGCCCGCCGUGCAACCGCAGCCUGCUCAGCGCCGUCCCAAGCUCUCGCUCAACACGGCCACCGUCCAGCACCGCAGCUUUGGCAAGGGUUCCAGCCUGCGCCUCGAGACCCUCUCUGCCGUCUCUCCCACCGCCCGCAACACCUUCAGCAACGGCUACGAGCAGCAGACCCUCUCGGCUGAGUCCAAGGCCGACACCCCCAGCUCCGCCUCUACCUUCAACUCUUCCACCUCGGCCUCGUCCUGCUCUUCUCUGGGCUCCUCGCUGGGCUCCGACUCGGCCAAGGUGCCCUACAAGCUCCCGCACAACGUGCAGAGCAUCCUCUCCAACAGCCCUCUCCCGCCCGUCCACAGGCACCGCACCAUGUCUUCGCGCCCCAUGUUCCCGGCCACCAAGCGCGUGAGCUUCCGCACCAACCUCACCGAGGACAUCGUCACCACCAAGUACACCAUGGCCCACUCGGACAUUGCAUCCUCGUCUUCGACUAUUUCCUCGCUAGCGCUCGACACGGACGCGAGCGAGGAUGUCACUGCCACCGCCCCCACCGCCACUACUACGCUGCCGUCGCGCACAGCCGCCAAGCUCGACCUUCAGCUCUCCAAGCCCACGCUCGUGCAGGUGACCACUGCGCAGCACCACUCAACCGAACGCCCGCGCUGCGCAAAACGCGAGUCACCUUCCGACUCCGAGUCGGAUAGCGACUCGUGUCCCGCGACGCCCGUCGCCGGCCGGCGCAAGCGCAGGCGCGAGUGGAAGUGGACGCUCGGGCCAGUCAAUGGCCAGCAGCUCGACGCCAAGAUGCUCCGCGAGGAGGACGAAGUCGACAGCGAUCCCGACCAGGAUCGGCUGACCUGCCAGCAGCGGUUCGCCCAGUUCGCCGGCAGGCGGCAGAGCGACGCCAGCGAGCAGGGCAGCAUCAGCAGCCCGACCAGCAGCGUCGAGGGCGACCGCAGAUGA